GCCAGGCGGACAAGUACAAAGGGAAGGCAAAACGUUGCACGCGUUUCGAGGGACUUUGAAAAGUGGACUUUGUUGGGUUUAAACGCGUUACUGGACCGGCGGACCCAGUUUUCAGGAAAUACAAGACUUUGGAAGAACCGCCGUAGUUGCGUUCAACUCAAAAGGCAGCCUGCGCGAGGACACCUUGCCUGGGGUUGCAUGGUGUUCCGGACUUGAUGCAUGGCCUAUGCACGACGCCGGUGCAUGUUGUUGAUGGUGGUGGUGGUGUGGGACUGAGCGCGCUCAGUGUCUGCCAUGGCUGAAUUUGUGCACGUGAACGGCAACAGCCCAGAAAGAGGCCAAAGAUGUCCAAGCUUCGAUAACGACAAGGACUCUGUGGAGCCAUACUUCGUGGAAACUCCAUACGGUUUUCAGCUGGACUUGGACUUUCUCAAAUAUGUCGACGACAUCGAGAGGGGCAACACCAUCAAGAAAGUGAGCAUCCAGAGGAAGCCCAAAGGGGCCAAACCGAGGGCGGUGGCGCCAUGCUCCAGCACUGGGGCCGAAUGGACGUCCACCGACUCGCUCUCGUCCUCCAAUAGUGACGACAAGCUGUCCCCGGUAUUGGUCAACGCCAAGGCCCAGCAGGCGCCCACUCUCCAAAAGGCGGCUUGCGAAGCUGUCCCCCAGCAGUUCUUCUCCAGCAUUGCCGAACCCAAGCUGCUCCUGCCGCCGCCCUCGCCCAGGUUUACGCUGCGCCACAACCCCCACGUGGAGAAAACCCUCAUGGAGACCAGGCUUCGCCUGGAGCAGGAACGUCUGUUCAUGGAGCCGCCGCCGCCACCACCCCGGCGUCGUCUCGCCAGCUUCGGGGGGACGGGCUCCAACAGCUCACUCUCGUCAUACUCUGGCUCCAUGGCCACCAGUCAGAUCUCCCCAAGUGCCCUGCAACCUCUGGCCAUCAACGGUCACCUCCACAACGGAGAGUACAAUCCUUACUACCCACCGUCCAUGGGCAGCUCCAUCCGUCACAGUCCCAUGAGCUCUGGCAUGGCCACUCCGGUGACCAACGUCAGCCCGCUGCAUCUUCAGCAGAUCCGCGAGCAGAUGGUGGUUGCUCUUCGGAGGCUAAAGGAGUUGGAGGAGCAGGUGAAGACAAUCCCCAUCUUGCAGGUGAAGAUCGCAGUUCUUCAGGAGGAGAAAAGACAGUUAGCCGCCCAGUCCAAAGGUCCCGGUGGCUUCCGCAAGCGCUCCUACAGCGUGGGCAGCGCCGACCAAAUGGAGAAUCCCGUCCCCGUCCAAAAAGAGACUGUGCUGCACAUCGUCGAACCUGAAGCCCAGCAACCGAAUGCUCAGCAGCUGGAGGAGUUCAGGCGUCUGGCUGCUGAGGUCCAAGCUCUGGAGAAGUCCACCCUCGACAAUGGUGGACUUGAAAGUCAGACCCGGAACCACAAUCAGAACCAAGCCCUUCAAAAGUCGGUCGGUGUAGUUACUGACGAAAACAUGAACAACCUCCAAAUCCAGCUGAGCAAACCUCCAAAAGAACACAGCCACCGGGACGUGGGUGUUGCAACGGACCACCAGGACACCCGCAGCACUUCAGUGGGCGUCACUGAGACCAUGCUUGGCCUGUCCAGCGAGACAGAGACAGAGAUGGAGCUCCAGCAGCAGACCAUCGAGGAGCUAAAGGAUAAGAUCUACCGUAUGGAGGUGCAGCUGAAAGAAACCACUCACCAGAUGGAGAUGACUAAGCUGAAGCUGGAGCUCCAGGCGGCCGGUGGGUCCAACAAGAAGAAGGCGGAUAAGGGCUUGAUGAUCAGGCCUGAGACCUACAACGUCUGCUUGGAGGCCAAAGUCCUGGUGCACAGCCGGGGCGUUGGUGACAAGCUUAUCUCUGAAGCUCAAAGCGUAUCUGUUGGAGUGUCAUGUCACCCUAGUGUUUGUAGUCUCGGCAUCGGCACCAAUCAGAGUUUGGAGUACCAGCAGGUAAAGACCUGUGAGGUGGGAAUCAACACGACCGAGUCUCUAGACUGCUCAGCCAUCUGCAGACCCAUGUCGGAGUUGCUCAAGGAGUCUCGAUCGGUAGCCAGUGGGGAUUGCUCUGUGGAUGUCCACGUGGGCCCACUCAGGACGACGGUGUCCCGAGGAACAGACUCUGAUCUCUCAAGCAAAGUGGACUCCUGCAUCAUGGUGGCCCCGGAGUUGGCCACGCAGGAGACCAACACCGAGACUGAUGUGGUCAGCCGUUCCACCAACACCAAAACGAUAGCGCUAACAGACUCCUUCACGAAUACCACCGCUGCUGAAACUCGAACGGUUGCUGCCGGUGAGGGGCUUAUCAAAGAUACGCUCUCGGCUGCAAAGGUUCGCUCGGUCGCCGUGGGGACCGAGUCACUCCUCGGCCAAUCCUGCGCCCCCAAAAGCAAAGAAUUUGGCGUGGGACCCGUCAGCAUUCAUGAUAACUUUCUAAUUGGCUUAAAAACUCGUAACAUAGCAUGCGGACCCUCGCAGCACCCGGAACCCGUUGUGGAGGCGACCACUAAGACAGCGCGACCUUUAGCCGACACUCACGGGGGCACCAGCCUCGACCACUACAUUGAAAGGGUGCAGAAACUGCUGCAGGAGCAACAAAUGCUGCUGGCGGAGAACUACAGCGAGCUUGCCGAGGCCUUCGGUCAGCCCCACUCCCAGUUUGGAUCCAUCAACAGCCAGCUGGUCAGCACGCUCUCCUCCAUCAACUCAGCCAUGAAGAGCACGAGUGCUGAGGACCUCCUUGAGCUGCAGGCCGACACCGCUGCCGCCCACUCAGAGGGUACUCCCAAGAUGAAUGGAGAUAAGGCCACCACGACGCAAACUCAGCACCAUCAGCAGAUAAGCGCAGCCGAGCAGAAGAGCCGCAUGGACCUGCAAAUGUCCACAGCCCUACAUGGUCAGCCGUGCGGAACCAACGCGCUCAAGUCCAUCAUGAAGAAAAAAGAUGGCCCAGGCGACUCCAACGGCACCAAGAAGAACCUCCAGUUUGUCGGCGUCAACGGCGGCUACGAGACGACGUCGAGUGAUGACUCCAGCUCGGAGGACAGCAGCUCCUCUGGCUCUGAGGAUGAUGACAAUGAGGAAGAAGAGAAAGAAGGGAAGGAAGAAGACAAGGACAUGGAGAAGAAGGCAGAGGAAGGAAGUUUGGACGAGCAGGAGAGGAGAGAGAGGUACGAGCUCAGCGAGAAGAUGCUGGCAGCUUGCAACGUCCUCAAAGUUCACCUCAGCAAGCCCGACGACGUGAGCAGUAAAGACCUGAGGGCGAGCGUCAACACAGUGCAGCACGAGUGGUUCCGCGCCUCCAGCCAGAAGGCUGCGUCAGGAUCUGCCGUUUCAGACUACCUGGCUGCGUUCGGCGCCGUCUCGCCGGACGUGCUGCGCCACGUGGUCAACAUGGCUGACGGCAACGGCAACACGGCGCUCCACUACAGUGUGUCGCACUCCAACUUCCCCGUCGUUAAGAAGCUGCUGGAUGCCGAUGUGUGCAACGUGAACCAGCAGAACAAGGCGGGCUACACGCCCAUCAUGUUGGCGGCGCUAGCCGCCAUGGAGACGCCCGCAGACAUGCGCGUCGUGGAGGAGCUCUUCGGGAAGGGUGACGUCAACGCGCGCGCAAGUCAGGCGGGCCAGACGGGCCUGAUGCUGGCGGUGAGCCACGGCCGCAUGGACAUGGUCCGAGCCCUGCUGGCCCACGGCGCCGAUGUCAACGUGCAGGAUGACGAGGGCUCCACUGCCCUCAUGUGCGCCAGCGAACACGGUCACGUGGACAUCGUCAAACUCCUCCUGGCGCAGCCCGGCACGGACGCCACGCUCAGCGACAGCGACGAGAGUAACGCUCUGUCCAUUGCGCUGGACGCCGGCCACAAGGACAUCGCCGUCUUGCUUUAUGCGCACGUUAACUUCUCCAAAGCGCAGUCGCCGGGAACCCCUCGAUUGGGCCGCAAGAUGUCGCCGAGCCCCACUCGCAGGAGUGUCUUUGAUUAGCCACGUGGAGGCUAACGUUAGCGCCUCACAGGCUCUGAGGUGAAUUUUAGCAACCCAGAAGCUCAAGGUCUGCUCUGAGGCUACUGAUGGUCACUCUAUGGCUUAGGUUAUUGUUAGCUAAUCCAAGCCUACUGUUAGCCACUGGGGCAAAUUUGAGCAUCAUUUUGGCUACUGUUAGCGACUUAAAGGUUGAUUUGAGCUGCUCCCGGUGACCCUAAUGAUAAAUGUAGCUACCACUGAUGCUAAUGUUAGCCACUCCAAGGCUAAUUCUAGCGUGAGUGACUGUUAGGCUUUUGUUAGCUCGCAAGCUAGCGUCAGUGACUCCUUACCAACCAAGUGGACAUUUUGGACCUUUUUUUUCCACCCGCCCACUUCCUAAUGUGAAUGUAACCAACUGGUGCCUCACACAACUUUUGGUGUCCCACAUGGACACUAAUAAUUUCUUUUAAAUGUAAAUCAAUCCCUAUAAAUAUAUAUAUUUUCGCCUGUCUAUUAUUGUAGUGUGGUGUACAUAGUGCUGAUCUCUGGUCCAACAUUUCUACCAAUCCUUUAUCUAUUUAAAGAGACCACCAUAUUUUUCAAUAUGAGCGCAUAUAAAGAUCAUAUGAAGUCAUAUAUAUUUAUAAAAGUAUAGUUUUAAAGCACAUCCACUGUUUUUUUUUUUUUUACAUAAUGUACGUUAAUCUAGUAUCGUCAUUUCUGCUUUUUCUGUGUCCUUGACAUUGACGUCAU